CUCAGUCCUUGUUUUUUUUUUUUCCCCUUGGUCUUUUUUUCUUCUAUUUCCCCAAUCCGUUUCUCUCUCGUCAUCCAUUCAUUCCCCACCUCGCAAUGACUGAGCAAUCCGUCAGAGUCCCAAUUCGCUCUGGUCCAUCAGACGUCAUCUCCGACAAUGACGAUACCACCCCGCUGCUGAGCUCCGGAGCCACGUCCCCAACCAAGUUCAGUGCAUCCUACUCGCGUGCUGUCAAGCGGAUUCCCGCGUACUUUACCUUUAGCAACGUGUCCUACGAGAUCCAAGAGUACAAGACAGUCCAAGACAAGGCGCUUCGCUUGGUGGGACAAAAGAGCGGCACGACCAAACGCAUCCUGCACAAUGUGUACGGCAUGGUCAAGCCGGGCGAAACGCUCGCCAUCAUGGGCCCGUCCGGUUCCGGCAAGACCACCCUGCUUGACAUUUUAGCAGAUCGCAAGGCCAAGGUCCACGGCAACAUUCUGCUGAACGGCGCUCCACGCAACCGCAUCUUCAAGCGCUUGUCUGGUUACGUGUUGCAGCAGGACAUUCUCAUCGGCCACCUGACUGUUCGCGAAGUGCUCACAUUUGCGGCCGAGUUGCGCCUGGACUCUUACAUGUUAAAGUCCGAUCGAGCACGGCGGGUCCAAGAGGUCAUCGACGAACUCAAGCUCACCAAAGUGGCGGAUAGCUAUAUUGGCACUGCAUCGCAUCGUGGCUUGUCUGGCGGCGAGCGCAAGCGCGUGAGCGUCGGUGUCGAGCUCAUUACCAACCCAAGCCUCCUGUUUCUCGACGAGUUUACCACCGGCCUGGAUUCCAAGACAGCGCUGACGCUCAUGGAGACCCUGCAAGAGCUUGCGCGAAAUGGCAACCGAGCGAUUGUGUUUACCAUCCAUCAGCCGCGCUCCAACAUUACCAAGCUGUUUGACAAGCUGCUCUUGCUGGCCGACGGCAGGCAAAUCUUUUACGGCAACGCUCCCGAGGCGCUGCCCUUCUUUGAGGGCUGUGGGUUUAUGUGUGAUGUUCAGACCAACCCCUCCGACUUUUUCCUCGAUAUCAUUGCUGACGACACGGAAGCGGUGCACAAGCUCUCGACCACCUAUGCUCAAUCGUCUCAAUCCGCAACCAUUGUGGAAGAGCUGCGUCGAUGGGAGUCCGUUGGAGGCUCAACGAAUGUCAAUGGUACAAAUUCGUCGUCCCGCGCCAUCGUCUCCCAGUACUCAUCUGCCGGUUACCAGCAGCUGCUCAGUGCGGAUCAGAAAGAUCAGCUCGAGCAGUACGAUGCCAAUGCACGGCACAUUCCGCAGUACGCCGCACCGUUCCACCGCCAAGUCUGGACGCUCCUGCGCCGCGAAGUGCUCUCGACUGUGCGCAAUAUGCAAGUUUUCUGGGCGCAGUUGCUCCAGGCAAUCGCCUUUGGCUGCAUCAUGGGUUCGCUGUGGUCAAACAACAACACCAACCCCGAUCUCGGCAACACGAGUGUCAUCUUCUUUGUGUGCUCGUACCUCAGCAUGAUGGCGUUCAUGGCCGCGCCCCACCUCAUCUCCUUCCGUCAAAACUUUUUCCACGAGCGAUCGAGCGGAUCGUACCGCGCCUCGUCGUACAUGAUUUCGAAAACCCUCGUCGACUUUCCCUUCUACGCCAUCAUUGCGCUGGCCUUCUCUGGCAUUGUCUUUAAAUUUUCGGCCAUGCCCAACGACACCUUCCCGUUUUAUCUCUUGACUUGCAUUCUUGUUGUCUUUACCGCGUCCUCUGUGAUUACGUUUGUCGGCUCGAUCGCGCCCGUCGUGGAGGUGGCGAUGGUUGGUGCAACGCUCAUCAACGGUCUCAGCAUGACUGCCUGUGGCUUCCUUGUCGCGCGCCCCAAUCUGCCGUCGUAUUGGGUCUGGCUGUACGAGAGCUCGUACAUUCACCACGGCUUUGCCAGCCUAUUCCUCAAUUUGUUUGGAGAAGGCUCUCCGCAGGCGCUGUUUCAGUUUGGCUCCGACCAGCCUUUAAAUCGCUGGGAGGGCAUCUGGGUUCUCCCGCUCAUCGCUGUUGCCUUCCGAUUUCUGACAUACCUGGCUCUUCGUCGCAAGCAUGAGUGAUGAUGAGUUUCUGAUGAUUAGUUUUUGAUGUGCAUUGAGAGAGGUUAGAUUUGGAAUUAAAAGCGUUCUUGUGUUUUAUCUGC